AUGUAUCUAGCUAAAAUCGCUGAUGCACAGCCACAAGCAUCAACAUCUUCCCAGCAAGAGCAACAUGUUCAUUCUGCACAAGCUUCAAUGAAUAAGCAGAAUCGAGGUUUCUUAGCUCCAAAGUCGGCUUUCCAUUUAAAUGAUCAGCAGCAGCAACCACAGCUGCCAAUGUACCUCCAACAACAGCAACUCAACCAACCACAAGUGGGAUUAAGAUCUGCUGCCCGUUGUGGCCCUUAUCAGGGCAUGCAAAUUGUGCUUGGUAACAAUUUCAUGAACAUUGAACGAAACAAACAAGAUAGCUCAGAAGACGGUACUGGUGAAGGCUUCCCAAACUUGGCAUAUGGACAACGCUAG